CUCGGCGGGAGGGCGCCUCCGCGCAGCACUGCAGAAACACCGCAGCUACUGUCUGACAUCACGUAAGACGUCAGAUAAGGAUGAGCACACGCUGCACCUCUGAGAAAGACGCCUUGGCUUUUGAGGCUGGUGUUCCAAUCCAGACACCUUGGAAAUGUUAUUUUUUCUUGUCAUGGGCCUUUCUGUACAUUUCUAACCUUAAAAACUUGUUCCUGGAGUGUCCAGUAGCUGUGGGACUCCCGCCCCGCCUCACCCCAAAGAUUUCCAGCACCUUGCUAUUUUAAUUUUAGAAGAGCACUAGAUCUUUUGUCAUUUUGGUCCCCCAGAAGCUCAGAAUCAAAAGAAAAAAAACCACAAACCAUGGAUGCCUUCAUAAGUGUUAACUGCAUUUUCCUUUCAUAGUCUCCAGAAUAGAGUUUGAUUUUGCUUUUAGAAUAACAUUGCCCUCCUGUGGUCAAACGCUAAGUCCAGGAGCUAUUGUCAAAGGUCUGCUUGCACCUCAGUCAAACGCUUAAUUAUUUUAUGUGCAUAUACAAUUUAGUGAAACAAAAGUCUUUUCUCAGAUUACUCGCCCUUCCUGUUCGCUUAUUAGAGUUCAUCGUUACAGGCUUAGACAUCCAGCCCGAUUCACCCUUUCACGCUGUGAUGGGAUUGGCUUUUCGGAACGAUUCACCGAUUUUUACUUUGAAACGGAGGCAAGAUUUUCACAUCGGAGUCUAGGGAGACUCAACAGAAGACGUCUUCGUUACUUCUGAGGGUCUCGGCGUCAGCCACCCCAUUGCAGGUCGGGUCAAAACCUACAAUUGAUUUCCGUGUGAGGAGAGAUUUGAGGGAAGCGCAGAACAGAAUGCCUCUUGCACGCUGUAAAUUGCAUGAUCAAAGCCUGGAUUCUCUCAUGCGGGCCCUGAAGAUGCCACCGUAACCUGCACAAUACAGACAGACCUGUGCUUGCUCAAAUGCGUGGAUGUGAAUUUCAGAGAGAUGCUUCUGGAAACGACACUGCUCAGCCCCAGUAAGAGAGGAUUGCUUUUAAACAACUCACGCCUGCUGUGUCGUGUCUGGAGUUGGAGCUGAGCGGAGCUGCUGGGAGGGCGUGUGUGACAGGAGCCGCAGCUGCAGGUUGGAACGUGCCGGCUGCCCCAAGCUCUUGAGGCCUUGCCAGUGUCAGCAGAGUGUGUACAAGCCCACCCCACCGAGCAGACAUACUCAGCCUGGCCGCCCUGGGCAGCAUGUCCCUCCGUGAGCACGCACUGUCCCUCUUCCGCAGCGCAGUGGGCACCGUCCGGCCGGCUCCAAUGCUGAAGAGGGCUGUGAAGCUCCAGGGAGGUGAGUGCCCUCAGCUGCUGGUGAAGGGCCAGGCCUUUCCAGUGAAGAGGGACCUGUACCUGGUGGGUUUCGGCAAAGCCGUGCUGGGGAUGGCCGCAGCAGCAGAAGAAAUCCUGGGAGACCACCUCAUUCAGGGGAUCAUCAAUGUGCCACUAGGCAUCCAGGAGAGCCUGCAGCGAGCAGGAAUGCAGGAGAUGCUCCUGAAGCCACGCAGCAAAAUCCAGGUCAUUGAAGGUGCCAAGAACAACCUCCCGGAUGCAGAGGCUCUGAAAGGAGCAGUUGCCAUCCAGGAGCUGGCUGAGGGCCUGACUGCGGACGACCUGCUCCUUGUGCUCAUCUCAGGGGGUGGAUCAGCCCUGCUACCUGCUCCCAUCCCUCCCAUCCUCCUCAAAGAGAAGGAGGAACUCACAAAGACGCUGGCUUCCCGAGGAGCUGCCAUACAGGAGCUGAAUAUUGUCCGGAAGACUCUGUCCUUGCUGAAGGGUGGAGGGCUGGCCCGGCUCGCAUAUCCCGCACAGGUGGUGAGCCUUAUCCUUUCUGAUGUGAUUGGUGACCCCCUGGACAUCAUAGCGAGUGGGCCCACUGCUGCCAGCUCCCACAGCGUCCAAGACUGCCUUCAGAUACUCGCCAAAUACAACCUGCUACACAACCUGCCCCAGUCAGUGGAAACAGUUCUGUCCAGCUCUCCCACCAAGCCCAAUGCUCCAGAAGACUACUCCCACGUUUGCAACAUCAUCAUCGGGUCAAACACACUGGCUUUAGAAGAGGCCAAACGCCAAGCCGAGGGCCUGGGCUACGCAACUCUGAUUCUGAGCGCAGCAAUCUGUGGGGAAGUUGGCUGCGUCGCCACGCUGUACUGCCAGCUGAUCUGGCUGGUCUGCCUGGGCUUUGCCGGCCUCGGAGAAGGGCCCCUGGGUGAUGAGGUGAGAGGGAAUCUCCGGCAGCUGGUGGCAGAGCUAGGGAUCCCGGGUUUGAACCUUGCCAAGUUUCUACAGGCCCUGCGAGGAUUAGGACCUGAAAGACCAGUCUGCAUCCUGGCCGGCGGAGAAACCACGGUUCAGCUUCAAGGAACCGGCAAAGGAGGGAGGAACCAGGAGCUGGCCCUGCGUGUGGGGCUGGAGCUGCACAGGGCACAGGCUGCAGAAGUCAGCAGCCCCCCAGGGAGGUGCGAGAUCGUCUUCCUCAGCGGGGGAACGGACGGGCAGGAUGGGCCCACGGAGGCAGCGGGCGCCAUUUGCAGCCUGGAGCUGGUGGAUGAGGCGCUGCAGGAGGGCCUCGAUGUGGAGGCUUUUCUCAGCAACAACGACUCCUAUACGUUCUUCAGCCAGUUCCAAGGUGGGCAUCACCUCCUGGUGACAGGCUUGACGGGCACCAAUGUCAUGGACAUCCAGGCAAUUUUAAUUAGAGCCACAGAGAGAUUGUGAGAGCUCCCUCUGCAUUUAAUUAGGACUGGGGGUAAAUGAAGGCCUCAACACUGCAGACAAAUGUAAACCACUUAAAUUAAGGCUCACUGUUAAGGCUGCUAAUAUCUUUGACAGAAAGAAUCCACUAAUUAAACACAUGAGUGGAUGUCCACAGCAAAAGCAAGCACUUGUAAUUGGGAUCAGAGGAAGGUAAGAGGUCACAUUACGGACACGGAGGCCACAUUUAACACUUGUGCUGUGAGCCGCCACUCCUGUGUCUGCUUCCACUACAGUUAGAAGACGUGAGGAAAGUGAGGCCGCGGUCGGGCUGCCAGGGAGAGCCCUCGCUGCGGCUGCUGCACCGCCAGUGCCCCCAGCUCAAGAGCAGCUCAUCAGGGGGCUUUUGCAGGUUCACAAAGUGCCUCACAGUGACUGAAGGAUGGAAGAGCAACAGGACGGCCUGCCAGCCGGAGGCACGGGGGGACGCAGUGGGAAGGGGGCACCCAGCACCAGCUCCACGCAGUGCCCUGCGGCUGCUCCCACACCAGGGUGCCUGAGGUGACACAGAGGUCCCAAGCCCAGCACGACACACACCCAGCAGCACAGCUAAGGAGCACAUCGGCAGUGUUUCAUCCUGACGCGUGACACGCAAGCAGUGCAGUGACAGAGAGGGUGGUAUACCUUCACUGUGCAGCAUAAGGAAGGGGACGAUUGAGGUGCAGUGGUGAACCAGCUGAGCCCUUCUCCUCCAGCCUCUUUCCCUCCGCUUGGACAUCUUCCCCACUGAUCCCUGUCAGGAGAGCCUCCGGGCCUGCAGCGUGUAUGCCAUGAGCUUUCACAGUGUUGUUUUCCAACUGCCUAGAAAACAGUUGCGCAUCCAGGCUGAGCCACUGACCUUUCUUCUGCGCUGAGGCAGAAGUCACUGUCACUCUGAUUAACUCCACUAAUUCUGCAGAACAAAAGGCAAGGAAACCUUCACGCUCGGCUCUCCUGACCCAUGCUGCUGAGCUGAUCAAAGGGCAAAGCUGCUGGAGCCAUGCUUUGACAGGGAGCCGCUUCCCCGCAUGUAUAAGGAUGCGGUGGUUAUCACGGUUUCAUCACCUACUGCAGUGCAGUAUGUGGGAAAGCAGAGAUCAGCUGAGUUUCCCAGGACACGGAGCCCAUGGUGGGGCGGGAUUUCAGAAGGGCUCUGCCUGUAGCAACAGGCACAGUGACAGUUUUGGCUGGAUAUUCAAAGGGCUUCAGCUCAGCAGCCAGUAGGACCCAACACAUUCGACUCCUUUUGAAUAUCUGCCUGUUUGUUACAGAGCCUAAGUGGGAGCUGAGCUCCUUUGAAAAUCCAGCCCUAAUUUAAUAGGACACGCUUGACUUAGACUCUUUCCAGACAGACAGACCUACUCCAUGUGGCUGAUCUCAUCUUGUGACAUAAAUACACCAUCCUGCCAACACCA